AUGAAUCAAAAAGUUUCCACGGUUAACGACCCAGAAUUGCAGGCCAAAGUGAAGAAAACGACUGAGAAAAUAUCGGAGAAUAUGCACAUCAUUGCCAACGAGCCAAGUCUUGCGUUCUACCGCAUUCAGGAACAUGUUCGCAAGGUAAUCCCGCUCAUAGUAGACCGUCGAGCGGAAGUCGUUCAACUGCAGCAGGAUCUACAGGGCAAGUGUUACGAUAUGGAAUAUGCGAUAAGUGCCGUGAAGGAUAUCGAGGCAGCGGACUCUUCGUUGAAAAAUGUUCAAGAACUGCUGAAAAACGCCAUAUUUCUCAAACAACAGCUUAAAUACGUUGAAUCCAGACGACCCAAGAAAGAUACAAACAGUUCCGUGUACAAGAGACUUUCGGCACACAUUACCCUGGACCUGCCCGACUUGACCGACAUAUCCGGAGUGGUGCGGGAAACAACCAACCGUGUGGAGCACAUGAUGUCACAGGCCCGGAAUUCAAACAGUAACAUAAACAACAACCCGCCGGCUGCAACGAACUCCACUGGAGGCCCUGCCGAACUGCAACGGUCAUACACGACACUUCAUUGA